AUGAAACAUAUUAAAGCUCGGCAAAGUCUUAUUGAUGUAUAUCAUCAAGUUGAAUUGGCUAGAUUACCACCACCACAGAUUACAUUUACUGGUAUUUCUCAUUUUGAUAAUAAAGUACUUUAUAUAAAUCCGGUUAAAGAUGCUCAUCUUGAUGUACUUGCACGUAUUGCUGAAAUAUGUCGAGAAACUUAUGAAAAAAAUGGUAUUACAUCAACAGAUGUUCGUGAAUUUAAUCCACAUUUAACACUAUUUAAACUUUCAAAAGCACGCGAUUUACAUCGAAAAGGUAUAAAAAAAAUUGAUCAAUGUUGGGAUUCAAAAUAUACUGAUCAUCAUUUUGGUAUAGAAAAUUGUCGAUCAAUUCAUUUAUGUAAUAUGAUGAAAAAACAACAAGAUGGAUAUUAUGAAAUAUUUCAUGAACAACAUUUAUUUAAUGAUGAUUCAGAUUCAUUUCAUCCUCCGUCAAAUAAUAUUAGUGAUGAAAUAGAAAAAUCUGUAGAAAUCGAUAAUGUUAUACUAUCAUCUGUACAAGUCGAUGAUAAAAAUAUUGAACAGACAUCAACAUGUGAUAGACAAACAAUAAUUAUCGAACCAAUGAUCGAUGAUUCAACUGUAACAGAUGAAUCUUCUCCUCUUUUACAACAUGAUCAACCGACAUCUGAAGAACCUUCUUCAAGUUUAGUUAGAUUUUUUCAUUUUUCACGUUCUCCAUGUUGUUCAUCUUGUUCGAUAGCAUAA